CCUCACAUGAGUGACAAUACAGAGAAACAGCCGCUUCCUCUUCUUCUCAGAGGACUCCCUCCUCCUCCUGUAUAUGCAGUCACAUGCUGAUAAACCCUCACACCGCUGCAAAACCAACAUAAAGAAGAUGUCUGACGCUCUUUGUAUUGUGGGUUCAUAUUUUGAAGGACAGCAAGAUUGUGGUACUUGUUACCUGAUAAAUAUGGGCUCUGUAAUUGGCAUUAUCGCCUCUGACAUCCUCUUGACCAUCUUCAUCAUGAUUUCUGUAUUCUGCUUUGCAACUCAUCUCAAGAAAAGGAAGAAGUGGGAUUCUCGUGAUGGAAAAAGAAAUCCACCAACAUCAUCAGUUUCAAAGAAAAUGGCUACAGAACUCACAGAAUCUCCCUACCAGGAGUUACAUGGAAUCCAAUCAGAUGUGUACAGCGAUCUUCAGCGGUUUAGGAAAUGAAAAAAAGGAACUAUAAAAAAAACCACAAUGCCUUAGCUGCAUCUAUAACUGGAAAACACUCCUCUGGUUUCCUCAAACUCCAGCAGCAUUAUAUGUAAUAACAAUAGUUACAUUUAUAUGUUUUGCAUGAUGUAAUAAUGUUGUUUUGCUUUUUUGUAAAUCUUAAGCUGUCUUCAAAUUAUAUAUUUUCUAUUUAACCAAUUGUAAAUUAAACUACAUUUUAAAAACAAGAAAAUAA